AUGUCAUAUAUAUCUCCGGAGGAGAUCACUAUCAAACCUGCUAAAUGUGGCGUAUUUCAACAAUUUGUUCAAUAUAAAAAUGGCAGCUUAUCAAAAGAACAACCAAACUCUGCACUUUUCGAGAAAUUUGUUCAUAGUUCACGAAUUUCAAAAGACUCCUCGUUCAUACCGACAAUUGAUAUUUCGCAAGAAUAUACAAUUGAAUUCCCAAUAAAUGAUUUGUCAAAUUUACCUUAUCCACGUGAAUGGGUAUUUUCAUUAAUAAAUAUUUCAAAUCCAAGCAUAAAUAUCAAUGACACUUUCAUAAUUGAAUCUUUCGAAAAAUUAAACGAAACAGACGCCAAGUUAGAUAACCAAGCCACUAAUAGGAUUAGAUUAAAUAUUUGUUUAGCAACACCAGUUGCACAUUCAACUUCAAAUGUAUUAAAAUCAGGAUUUUACAUAUUACAGUGUCCAAUGUUGGAUUUUUAUUUAAGUGUCAUGGUCCAAUAUACGUUGUUGUCGUUAAAUAAUCAUUCAAAGGACUCUAACUUAUUAUUUCCAAAUAUAUCAAAUUUAACAUCAAAUACAAAUGUUAGUAAUACUGGCGACAUAUCAAUUUCAAGCACAACUAUGCUACACUCACCCUCAAAGAGUAAUUUCAGCUCUUCUAUAUCGUUAGUUUCACCAAUCCAGAGUACAAUUGAGGAAAGUUAUGAGGAUUAUAAUGAUAAUACCAAUACUACAGGCAUAGACAGCAUUAACAACAUUACAUCAGAUACAGUACACUAUCCUUCACAAAAUAUUCAAAGAAGUGUAAAUGCAUCCCCACUAAGAUCGCAGAUACUAGAAAAUAGUAAAGAAGAAUGGACUGCAGAAAUUAGCAAUAAGGACAAUAAUAUUCGAGAUAUAAAUAAUCCAACUAUUAAAAUCACUACUACAAAUUCUAUCUUAUCUACAGACAAUCCAAGCGUAAUAAGCUUACAAAAUGAAAUUGUACCAAAGUUACAAAAGCAAAACUCACAUCAACAGCAACAGCAACUAUAUAGUUCGGUUGUUACAAAUAUAAACUCGAUUUCACAUCAUGGUUACAUUCCUUUUCCAGAGCAUUUAGAUAAUUGGAUUCCUGAUGGUCCGCAUUUUCGUUAUCAACUACAAUUUUUAGAAAAUUCAAUACUUCAUAGACAGCCACAUAUUUGGAAAAGUAUUAACAACAGAUUAAUUAAGAUAUUAGAGACUCUAACAUCAGUAACUUCAGAAUGUUUUUAUUUGAAUAAGUAUAUUAAAUCGGCUUUUAAAUUUCAAAUUCCAAACAAUCAUCCUUUAUAUUCACCAGUUGUUAUAUCAUUGAAAAAUUUAAUUAAUUCACAAAUAAAUGAAAUUGAUUCAAUAAUUUUUCAAUUUAAAAAUAUUCUAAUUCCACCUGUUACUGAUAUUUUAAACAACUCCGUUAACUUAAAAGAGUCUUCUAAGAGACAGAAGAUUUAUUUGGAAAAUUCCAAGUCAUUUUAUUCAGCAAUGAAUCAGAAAGCUAAAACUCACACAUUUGCGAAUAAACAAAAAAAUAUUGACUUAACCUUAAAGAUUAAAAAAAAAUUCGAAUUAUCAAGAAUAGAUUAUUAUGAUUAUUUGUAUCAAUCAUUUUAUUCUGGUUUACCCUUGAGAAAAUUACAUUCCUCAAUAUAUCUUUUAAAUGAAAUUAAUUCACAUUCAAUGAUGAGUAAUUCUAAUUUAAUCACUUCAAAAUUAAUUAGAAAUUUAUUAAAGGAUAAAUUAACAGAAUUAAACAAUUACGAAACAAAAAAUUUUAUCAGCAAAUAUCAACCCUCGGUUCAAUCGAUUUAUAAUCAAAUCGAAAAGUCAACUACUUACAAUGACAUUAAUAAAACUUAUUUCCCAUUGGAUCUAGAUAUCAAAGAGGGCGUUCUUUGGGUUAAAAAUAAUAAAAACCUCCCCCCAUCUUCUAAUUCACUUUCAGCCAAUAUUACACCGACGACGACAUUCAAUUCAAACUUUAAUAGUCCUAACACUAUGGCAAAUAAUUUAAUAAUGAAUAAUGAAUCUCAUUCAAAUAAAUUAAUUUCUGCCGCUUCAAAUACUUCUACUUCAUCAGGCUGGCAUAAGAAUUGGGUUGUAUUAAAAGGUUCAACUCUCACGUUAUUUACGAACUGGAAAAAAUUAGAUCCUGUCAACCAGGCAACUGGAGUAGCAUAUUCAUCAGCUCAAAUUGUGCCGUCUUCUGCAAACUCUUCUCAUGAUUCACUAUCAUUAUCUGAUAAGCAUAUUAUUAACAUGGCAAUGGCAUGUACCAAACAAAUUGAUCCAUGCACUUUUGAAAUUUUGACUUCAAAUCAACUCAAUAAGAAGGGUAUUCGUUUUCAAGCUGAAAGCCCAGAUGAUUUAAAAUCGUGGCUAAAUGUUUUGAAUAUGGCUACGCAUGAUGUUUUAGCAACCUACUCGCAGGGUAACAGUCAAACAAGCAGCAAUGGUAUCAUUAUCUAUACAUGCAGUGAUGGUCACAAUAUCAAUGUAUUGAAAAAUAAAAACAAACCUUUAAUGGUUGUUUCAGAAAAAGAAAUUCAAGGUCAUCAAAUAAAUAUCAACAGUCAUGAUCAUAUAAAGAAAAGCCAUGUAUCAACUUUAUCAGAUACGUUAAAAAUUAAUACAAACCCAGUUAAGCAACCUUCAUCAUCUUCAUUAUUAGAUAUUGUUAGGCAAAAUGACAAGUCAAAUUUGAUUUGCUGUGACUGCGGAGAUACAAAUGAUGUUGAAUGGAUUUCCAUCAACUUACUCUGUAUGGUAUGCAUUAAAUGUUCAGGUAUUCAUAGAUCUUUGGGUUCGCAUGUUUCUAAGAUUCGUUCUUUAACUUUAGAUAAGUUUUCCAAUAACGAAUUGAAUUACUUGAUCGUAAAUAACGUUUCAAAUGCAAUUUUCAAUUCGAUUUAUGAAUCAGAUAUUACGAAUUUGAAUAAAAUAGGCAAAAUAACCGCAAAUUCAAGCAAUUCUGAGCGUACUAUUUUUAUUAAAAACAAAUAUAUUACAAAGUCAUUUGUCGAAGAUAACAAGCAAGAAUCUGCAGAAACAUUAAAAUCACUAAGAAAAGGUAUUCAGCUAGAUAGUGUGUAUCUUCUACAGAAAUCUAUUGCACAAAGUAAAAAUUCCUUAAGAGAUGUAGAUAAUUAUUCGAAUUCUAUUAAUUCAGAUAAUAACACAUCUUUAUUUGAAUCGUCAUUAAAGCAUUAUAAAAUGGUAAAUGAUAAGCCACUGUUCGGAAUUUCGGAAUUCCUAAUUAGUAAUGGUUUGCCAUUGAAUAACAUUCCAAGUGAGACUUCAUAUAUACUUCCUGAAUCCCUCAAGUAUUGGCGUUCACGACUAGAAAUUUAUGGCACUUUUGGAGUUUUAACAACUCCGAAGACUGUAUAUGCAUCUCAAAAUAUAGUAAGACCUAUCAAUACUAAGAAUAAUUCGCCUGCUAACCGUUUAGAUAUAAAUGAUACACGGGUUGAGGAUUCUGGUCAUCGUUGGAAUAUCAGUCCUAAGAGUCCUCAGAUAUUGAAAAAUUCUUCGAAACUAUUUAUUCCUAAACAACUAAAAAAGGCUUCAAAUAAGUAA